CCGCCCUCAUCACGUGAUCCACGCAGAGCAAGUUGGCAGCGACUCGUUGUCAGUCAUGUCUCUAGAAUCUUUGCGCUAUAGUAGGGGUUCCCUGCAAGUCCUAAACCAACUACUGCUCCCUCAGCAGAGCGAGUAUGAGCAGGUUAAAGGUGUGCAAGAUGGGGCUGCAGCCAUCCGGACCAUGAAGGUUCGGGGUGCUCCAGCUAUUGCUAUAGUGGGGGUGCUCAGCCUAGCAGUGGAACUCACCAACAGCCCCAUACAGGAGGUGGCAGACCUCAUGACCUUUGUCACUGUUUCUCUGGACCACCUUGUCAGUGCCCGCCCAACAGCUGUCAACAUGAAAAAGGCAGCGGAUGAACUGACUACAUUUCUCUCAUUGGAGUCUGAGAAAUCAGAAGCAAGCGCGCAGGGGCUAACGCAGAGUUUGAUCCAGUGGGCAGAAUCUCUUUUGCAGAAAGAUGUCCAGGACAAUCGGCUGAUUGGAGAUCUGGGAGCGCAACACAUUCUGAAGACUGUAAAUUCUACUGAGGGAGUCUGUGUUUUAACGCACUGUAACACGGGGUCACUGGCAACUGCUGGAUAUGGUACCGCCCUGGGUGUGGUGCGUUCUCUGCAUGCUCUUGGCCAUCUUUCGCACGUCUUUUGCACAGAGACUCGUCCCUAUAAUCAAGGCUCCCGACUCACGGCCUAUGAACUGGUAUAUGAAAAGAUUCCUGCCACUCUCAUUACUGAUAGCAUGGCUGCUGUUACCAUGAGGGAGCGUCGUGUUGCUGCUGUAGUGGUGGGUGCAGACCGUGUGGUUGCAAAUGGUGACACUGCCAAUAAAGUUGGUACUUAUCAGCUUGCUAUCAUUGCCAAGUACCAUAAAAUCCCUUUCUAUGUAGCUGCGCCUAGUACUUCAUGUGACCUUAGUCUACCCACUGGCAACAGCAUUGUUAUCGAAGAGCGACCCAGCCAGGAACUGACGGAUAUAAAUGGAGUAAGAAUUGCAGCACCAGGUAUCAAUGUAUGGAAUCCAGCAUUUGACGUUACCCCACAUGAGCUAAUAACUGGAAUAAUCACUGAGCGAGGGGUCUUCAAACCAGAAGAACUUAAGGAAGGCUUGACCCAGAAAGCUUGAUGUCGAUUCAGGUCUUUGGAGAUCUUCUUUAGUGUGUCACCUGAUUAGUCAUCAUACAUAGGUGAACAUUUCUGCAGAAGACUCAUGUCUGUUUCCAUGUCAGCCACUGUAACCAUAGUUCGAUUUUAUAAUAAAAUACUCAGAAACUAGUA